GUCUUCUCUGACCGUACCUGUGUAACAUGUUCUGUCUGUUCAUAACUUCAUAAUAUGUUAAAUUAUUUGGUUGUGUGCCGAUAUACGAAUGGUUAUGAGUAAAAAAUUUACCUAUUUUCCUUUUCUUGUUUUUACCAUAAAAAUUGACAAUAUAGGGAAUAAAAUAAAGAAAUGAAUAAAAAAAACUGGUGUAAAAAGUGUAAGAUAAUAUCGUUGUCAUUACAAAACAAAUACUGAGAAGAAACAGGUCGAAAUUUAUGAUAAAAAAUACACAAAAUGCACUUCGCUGACAUUUUUUUAGGAAGCAGUAAUUUAAAAAAAAUAAGGAUCCUAAAUAAUUAUAACCCAAAUGCGCAUUAAUAUUAUAAAUUAUGAAAAUAAGUUUGAAUUUAAAAAACGAUUUUGGAAUUACGAUUGUAUGAACAAAUCGACCUCUGCCGCGCUCUUAUGCAUAAAAAACAACCUUGUAUAAGGAUAUAACAUCAUUUUAUUUCACUUCAUAUAGUCAUUCUACGUAAAACACUCGAAUAAAAUACAGGUAAAAACUUGUUUCUUUUGAGUACUUUAAAGUUUUCAUAUACCCAAUGGAUCAAUCAAGGAUUUUACCCGAUGGAAAUGACGGAAUUGAAAAAUCAGUUUCAUUUUCAAAGGAGUUUGUCGAUAACUUUCAAACAAUCUUUCCAAAUAUCAUCGAUGAAGCUUUAUCAAAAAUUUGUUAUUUGGACUCGCGGAAUAUUCGGAAUCGUAUAAAAGAAAUGACAGUAUAUUACACUUUAGAAAAAAAGCCAAAGCUAGGAGAACUUAUGCUGUAUGCUUAUGCGAUGCUGGAAGAUCGAGAAGCUUGGAAUGAAGAAAAACGACAUCAGGCAUAUUUAUUGGCCUGUGUUAUUGAAAUGGGUGCAUCUUACUUCUUAUUUACCGACGAUAUACAAGAUGAUGGAAAAAUACGCUUUGGUAAAGUUUGUUGGCAUCUGUUACCAGACGUUGGCACAUUAGCCAUGAACGACGCAUGUUUGCUGCGUAGCUUCAUACAAGAACUGUUGCAACAGAAUUUCUCGGAACCCUUGUUUUUCAAAAUUAUGGAAGUUGUUAAUAAGAUUUAUUUUUUAACCGCGAUGGGGCAGCACAUGGAUGUAACUUUAGAAAGAGAUCGAAAUUUCGAUAACUUUACUAUGAAAUGUUACUGUGAAAUGAACGAAAUGAAAAUGGCAUUUCCCAUAUUAGAGGCGCCCAUAAUGUUUGCUCUCAUUUUAUCAAACAGAGCCACUAAAGAAUCAAUGCAACAAAUUCACAACAUUUGUGUUGAUAUGGGCAUAUUAUUUCAGAUUCAGAAUGACAUCACAGAUUUUUACAACUGGAAUGGAUUGACAAAAUCUUCUACGGAUAUUCAAAAAGGCAAAUGCUCUUGGUUAGCAGUGAAAGCAUUGGAGCUAAGUAACGAAGAUCAACGACGCAUCUUCAAGGAAUGCUAUGGCAGUUGUGAUCCGACCCAUGUAUAUAAAAUUCGAGAAUUGUAUGAGGAAUUAAAAUUACCACAGAUAUUUGUUCAAGAAAAAGAAGCGCGAUAUAAAACAUUUUUCAGAAAAAUCAACGAAUUGCCUCCAGGUUGCAUGCCUGACGUGAAAUUCUAUCAAAAGCUUUUUAAACUUAUCGAAAAGUUUGAAAUAUAAAAAAAUCAAUAAUGCUACCUCGCCUGAUCGACGUUCCAAUCUGAUCUCUUCGUCAUGAUAGUCGACAAAAUGUGUAAUGUUCGCAUAAAUAUAGAAAUCAUCAUUAUACGGGACUUUAAUUUAACGACGAUUAUGUU